GUCUGCUGACUACUUGUAACGGGCUUAUCUGUGAUGCAAGUUCCAUUGAUAUGUGCCCAGUGAUUGCAUUUCAGUGUUGCAUGCAAUAUGAGAAGCAUACUACAUUUUCCAGUUGAAGAUGCAACAGCUUUGCCAAAUAGUACUGCUACCAGAGUUUAGUAUUAUCUUCAUUGUGCCCUUCUGGUCAUUGUUGCUUAGCAGAGGAGUCUGGGAUGCAUAUUCUACAUUACUAAAUGCAUGGAUUGGUCCAAUUUGAUGUAGAGCUUUUUAGGUUGUCAAUUAGUUAGUGGACAUGAACAUUAGCAUUAAGGUAAACGGCUAGGUAUAAGACAUGAACUAAUGCAUGACAGAAGGAAUUGCAAUUAAACUUGUAAGCAAAAGGUCUCUGAUAUUGCUAGUGCAUAGGAGGCUUAAGAACUCAUCUGCAUUUCUUGUAUUUUAGUUCUGGUAUAUUUUCCUUAUUUCUUCCUUGUUGAGGAUUUUCAUAAUGGGUAAUUCACCUUUUUGGGGAUUUGGAACAUGACGUGCAUGUUUGUCGCUUGCUUAAGCUGCCAACCCAUUAACUGCAUUAACAGCUUUGUUACGGUGCCCUGAAUAAACAAAUGUGUUUUUAUUUAGGACUUCUCUUUUUGUUGGAUGCCUUGUAUGAAUCCUUUUUUUCUUUCUAAUUUCUUUUUCAGCUGUUCUAACUUAUUUUGUUCCUUCAGACUAAUAAACAAGUGGCAGAGCCAAUCUCUCUAGAGAGUCCGAUUCAAUGCUACAGCCGCCAGAUACUAUUUGGGACUCGUUUAUUGCUUUUCUGGUUGUCCUUAAUGGUAAGCCUCAUCCAAGAUGAUUCUUUAUGGAUGCAUGCAAUGCAAAUGUAUUUUGGUUUGCAGCCAUUGUUGGGUAUGUAUAACUCUUAUAUAAAACACUCCAGCUUGUUGUCCAGAAAUUUUUUUUUUUUUUGUACUUUCAGGUUUACCAUGUUGGUCAUAAAUAAAUUCACAAUGACCUCCGAUCACCUUAGAUUGUUUGAAAUAUGUACCCAACUGCUUUCUACUUUUAAC